UCCAACCCAAAGUUGGACCACCAUUCUACCCUCUACCCAAACCAACUACUGAUAUACUCCUAAUCCCACCACCACAUUGCAUUGCACAUUUCACAUCCACAAUGAUGCGACCACCGAUACCACGCAGCCUCCACAACCGGGUCGCAUCCAUCCCACGAGCAGCGCAUCGCUCACUCUCCACAUCAAUCUUGUCCAACGGCAUCUCCCACCAACCAACAAAUAACAACAACAACCUACGAACCACCAGAUCAACAACCUCAAUCUCUCCAAUCACCUCAAAUCCCCAGUCUACAAUCCAAAAGCGCCCCUUUCUCUCCUCCUUCCUCCCCAACUCCGACUCCGCCUCCAAAACCCGCCACCUAACCGCAACCCGAACUCUCCCACACCCUCCCGCCCCCCUCUUCGACAUUAUCUCCUCCGUCGAAUCCUACUCCUCCUUCCUCCCUUUCCUAACCGCCUCAACCGUUACCCACCGUGACCCAACCACCAACUACCCGACCCGCGCGUUCCUCACCGUCGGCUACGGGCCCCUCAGCGAGACCUUCACCUCCAAGGUGACUUGCGACCCGGAGAACUGGGUCGUGGAGGCACAAAGCGGCGCGAAAUAUGGCGUGGGCAAGAAAGAUGGACAGGGGUUUCCGGGUGAGGAUGAGGGGCUCUUUGAGUACUUGAGUACGAGGUGGGAGUUGGAGAGUCAGGGUGAGGGUAAGGGGACGGUGGUGAGACUGGAUAUUCGAUUUGAGUUCCGCAGUCAGUUGCAUGCUGCUAUGAUGGGCGCUGUGGAGGGACAGAUGGCGGGUGUUAUGGUCGAGGCGUUUGAGAAGAGAAUUUACGAUGUGUUGGGGAGGGCUUGAGCUUUCUCUCCUUUGUGGAUCAUGGACGGUAUGUGGUGGCUAGGAUGUAUUAUAUUAUUGGUCUGUGAAGGGAAAGGAAGGAGACAUGAUACAC